AUGCAGAGGAGGAGAGGAGCCGCAGGAGCUCCUCCGGCGAAGGCGCCGCCGUCAGCUGGCGGCGGAUCGGCGAAGGAGAUGACCUUCCGAGGCGUCCGCCGCCGGCCGUGGGGGCGGUUCGCUGCCGAGAUCAGGGACCCCUGGAAGAAGACUCGUGUCUGGCUCGGCACCUUCGACUCGCCGGAGGCCGCCGCCCGAGCGUACGACGCGGCGGCGCUCGCCCUCCGCGGCCCCAAGGCCAAGACCAACUUCCCUUCCUCCUCCUCCGCCGCCGCCGCUGCUCCCCCGCCGCCGCCGAUCCACCGCCCUCCUCCUCAGAAGCUCCGGCCGACGACGAGCGGCUACAGCAGCACCGUGGAUUCCUUCAGCGGCCCGAGGCGCUCCUGUUCGGCCUCCCAGCUCCAUCCUUCCAUCAGCAGGCCGGCGUUUGUCGUCGAUGGCAACGGUGGCGUCGACGGCGACUGCCACAGCGACUGCGGAUCCUCUUCCUCCGUCGUGGACGACGGCGACAUCGCCGCCUCGUCCUCCUUCCGCCACCACCCGCAGGCUACGCCGUCGGCCUUCGAUCUGAACCUCCUUCCCCUGGGCGGCGAUGACGACUGCUUCCAAUGCACGGCCCUCCGCCUCUGA